CAGUGACGCUUGUUUGGGUUCAAAAUUUUGUCAACAUUACUAGGAGUUGAAUGUGUAAAAUUAUUGGUCUGAUCACUUAGAACCACAAAGGAGUUCAGACUUUUGGUAAAAGAAAAAAUGCGUAAUUCUAUACAUUCUCGGGGUCGCCAGUUGUAGUUUGCAGUUAGUGUUUUUUGACAAUAUUUGUUCUUAAAAAAAGGUAUGAGUAUGAAUGAUUAUUAAUAAUUAAUAAAUGUAAAUUAAAUAAUUAUGAAAGCACGAACGAGUCGAACGCUGAUACUACUGAUACUGACUGAUAUUGAUAGAAAAAUGUAAAAAAGCCAAUCUUCCUAAGUUUUAAAUGUACAAUUCUCUCUCUUUCAGUUUUGCCUUUCUAAAUUAAGAUACAUUCCUUUAUUGAUGCAAACAAAUGGAAAUGUUUUAGUUUUUUGAUUGCAUUGUUGUACAUUUUCAGCGCAUAAAUAAAACACUUUUAAUAUUUUAACACAAGAUAUGACAUUAAAUUAUUUUCUCUAGUCUCUAGUGGAAAAAAAAAAAAAACAGCCAUUCAGUUCAUUCUCAUGAGUCAUAGCCAUAUCAGGGACGUAUUAGUUCUCAUUAAUAAGUAAGAUUAAGAUUAGUUAGUAAUAGUGACUUCAGACUUCAGGGGGAGCACCCUGGUAAAUGCGUACAUAAUUUUAAAAUCUUUCAGUCCUCGCCCUGAGAGAAAGAAAUCGUCCCGAACUGAUCGAUCCUAAGCAUCUCUCAGAGUAUCUGUAACUGUAAUGAAAUUUCUGGGUGGAUAUUCUGAAUAUCAUUCCAACUUUAAAAAAAAUAAAUAAAACAUGAGUUCAUGGCAUGAGUAUGUCUCUUACCAUUCCAAAUCCCAUGCUAAGCCGAAGCACGCAGAGAUUACUUUUGACUUUUCUCCAAUCAUGAAAUAUAUAAUCAUUCCGUGCCGUAACAUUUAUCAAUUUAUUUACUUUUUUAAUAAACUCAAACAGAUUUCUAUUCUAUAUUCUAAUUCUACUAUACUGUAACUAGUGUUGGUAGUUGACCAGAAUCUGCCAACACAUGAUUUAAAUUUUUAUUUAUUAAUUGUUUCUUGUUGUGUCAUGUCUGCUGAAGUAGGCAUUUAGCCAAAACGUCCUUGUAAGUGUCAUGUCUUUUUUUCAAGCCUAAACAUAUGUUUGUCCACUAUUUAUUUGUUAGUAGCUUUCAGAAGUGAAAACUUUAAUUGCUUGAUACUUUUUCCCCGAUGAUGUAGCCACUAUGUUUAAUUUUUAAAAAAAGGGGUUGCAUAAUCAGAAUAGAUUAAUUUUGAUCAUGUAAAAAAGCCCAAUGUAAUUUAUUGUAAACACAUAUGGAAACCAGUAUUUUAGUGUGAAAACAUAUAUCCUUAACUUUACAGGUGGGUGUACAUGAGAUUUGAAGGCUCGGAAUGGCAUCAGUCAAUGAUAAAGAGGCAGCUCAGAUUGAAAAACUGAUGGAGAUUUUCAUCAAUAGUAUGGAUGGAGAGCACAUGAUGGUUAUUGAUUCUCUGGUGCAAACUAAACUUAAUGAUCCAAGGUAUUAUCAAGAAUUAUGCUUGAAAAAACAAUUUCCUUCUUUUUAAACUAUCAAUUGUAAAUGUAACAAAUGGGUGGGGUGGAAUGAAGUUUGUAUAAUCUUUUUGUAUUAUGUUCCAUUUUCAUUUUUAACCUAGUAAGUUAAGAAGGGAGCAGACAGGAUAAGAUACAUUUGACUUAUUUGUACGUUGAUAUCUUAACAUGUUUCAUGGUAGACCUCUGAACAAAUGCUUAAAGAACUUUAAGAUAUUUAAAAUUAUAAUAAUUGUGGGUAAAAAAAUAUCACAUUAUAUAUUUUUACCUAUUGUCAAGCCUGACUGGAAAUGAGUUUUCAUUGCAAGACGUCUUAAUAAAAAUCAGAUUUUAACUUUUUUUUUUAAUGGCAAAUUUACAAAUAUCACCUUUUUAAAGUAUCUUUAUUGUAAAAUUUUAAUGUACAUUUAGUUGAUUUGUGUAAUGAGUAAGUCAUUCAAUUAUGGUUUAUGAUUUUUUAAACAGAAGUUUAUAUUUUCUGGUAAUCAUGUAACUUUUUUUUCAGACUUCCUUUGGACAUCAACCAGUGUGUAAUACAUGCAGCUAUUCGUGGCAAUGUCACUGUGCUGUCCAAGUUACUGUCCCUUCACCCACGCAUGAGUUACGGCGAUGAAAAAAACAGGCGAGCCAUUCACCACGCAGCCAAAAAUGGACACCUGGAAUGUGUUAAAUUGCUUCUGAAGGCCGGGGCCAUAAGCAACUGUGCUGAUGAUUUUGGGCGGACUCCUUUACAUUUAGCUUGUGCAAUGGGACACACAGAGGUUGUCAGGUAAUUAUAUGGGACACACAGAGGUUGUCAGGUAAUUAUAUGGGCCAAACAGAGGUUGUCAGGUAAUUAUAUGGGCCACACAGAGGUUGUCAGGUAAUUAUAUGAGCAACAUAGAGGUUGUCUUGAAAUUAUAUGGGCCACACAGAGGUUGUCAGCUAAUUAAAUGGGACACAUAGGUGGUGAGGUAAUUAUAUGGGACACACAGAAGUAGUCGGCUAAUUAUAUCAGCCACACAGAGGUAGUCAAGUAAUUAUAUGAGACACACAGAGGUAUUCAGGUAAUAUAAGGUGAUAUUUGACAUUAAAAAGGUUACGUGUGUUACAUAAUUUUUAGAAUUUGAUUUUAAAAUUAAUUUCUGGAAAAGGAUCGACCAAAUAUCUCCAUAACAUUGUUCAACUGCAUUGACAGUAAUGUGAGGACACUGACUUAUAUACCCAAUAGAAUCUCUAUCUUUUGAUCUCCUUGUGGCCCCCCCCCCCCUCCCCAGUGUCUUGGUGCUGCAGGGCGGGCAGAUCAACUCUUGCAGAACUGAAACAGGUGAAAACGCCAUUCCCAAUAGAAUCUUUAUCUUUUGAUCUCCUUGGGGCCCCCCCCCCCCUCCCCAGUGUCUUGGUGCUGCAGGGCGGGCAGAUCAACUCUUGCAGAACUGAAACAGGUGAAAACGCCAUUCACAUUGCCGCUGCGGCAGGUUAUGUCGAGGUCAUGGUGCUACUACUGGAACAUGGCGGGGACGUCAACACGCCCACCAAGAAAUUCAAAGGAGGGGAGACUCCACUGCACAAAGCCAUCAUGGCGGACAAGCCAGAGAUGGUAAGAUGUCCUUAUAUUUGGAUAAUACGCUUGGUGUAAUUGAUCUUAAGUAAACACAGGACUUAAAUGCCAGUAACUAUUUUUGCGUUUUGAUUUGCAGAAGUCUUGCAUGAAUGAGUUUUUUGUACAUAGAGAUUUUAAAAUUGUGUAAGAAUAUGUCGUUUGUAAGUAAAAAGCUUUUAAAAACUCUCCGACCCUCCAUGCAGGUUGAUUUUCUUUGUCGUCACGGCGCCAAAAUGAACAUUGCAGAUGCCAGUGGCAAGUACCCCAUCCAUGUGGCGUGCGAGAAGGGUCUCCUAAACUGCAUCACCACUAUGAUCCAACACGGGGCAUCCCUCGAGGUCAAGGACGCCCAGAGUCAAACACCCCUGUCAGGAGCAGUGCUGGAGAACCAGACCAGAGUUGCCAAGCUGCUCAUUGAGCAGGGAGCAGAUGUGCAUGCCAUGGACAACUUGGGCUUCAGGCCACUUCACAAAGCCAGCAACAGGGUUAGAGGCUUUUUGAUUGAUUGCAUUAUGAAAAAAAUGUGUGCCUUGCUGUGAUUGGCUGUAUGUGCCUUGCUCUGAUUGGCUUAUGUGCCCUUUACCUUGUAGAUAAGGAUUAUGUUUAUAGAUGUUCCUGCACAAAAUACAACCAAUUCAGGGAGAUUUGUUGGCAUAGCAACCGUGAGAUUUAACCUAUUCAGCCACCCUGCUCCUCCUCCUCCAGCUGUAGAUGCCCGUCUGUGGUGUAUGAUGUAAAGCAACCAAUGAACUCAACUCCUUGGUUGGUUUGAUAAAAUACAUUACUCUGCUAUGAACAUCUCUUGCAGGCCCUCUUGUGUGUCUUAAUCUUCCACCUAACAGAUAACCAUCUACUAUAUUUUAGGAAUCCAAACUGCCUCCAGUCCCUGAAGUCCUCCUGAUUGAUUUAUGCAGACUCACUACGUACACACCUUGUUGAAAAGGCGGUCCAAGUUUUACCCAAUCAUCCGGUGCUGAACUACAUUAAAAACACUUAAACGUCACACCAGGGAUUCUAAAACCUUGACGCCACCUAAUAAGCCAUGUCCCUAAAUGUUGCCAUUCUGCUGCUGUGUGCAGCGAGGCAAACAGUGAGAAGAAGACCAGUAACCCCUUCAAGGCAGACAAUCAGAAGAAGAACCAGUAACCCCUUCAAGGCAGACAUUGAGAAGAAGACCAGUAACCCCUUCAACGCAGACAAUCAGAAGAAGAACCAGUAACCCCUUCAAGGCAGACAUUGAGAAGAAGACCGGUAACCCCUUCAAAGCAGACAAUGAGAAGAAGACCAGUAAAACCUUCAAGGCAGACAGUAAGAAGAAGAACCAGUAACCCCUUCAAGCCAGACAUUGAGAAGAAGACCAGUAACACCUUCAAGGCAGACAAUGAGAAGAUGAGAAGAAGACCAGUAACACCUUCAACGCAGAGAAUGAGAAGAAGAACCAGUAACCCCUUCAAGGCAGACAAUGAGAAGAAGACCAGUAACCCCUUCAACGCAGACAAUGAGAAGAAGAGAAGUAACACCUUCAAGGCAGACAAUGAGAAGAAGAACCAGUAACACCUUCAAGGCAGACAAUGAGAAGAAGACCAGUAACACCUUCAAGGCAGACAAGAGAAGAAGACCAGUAACACCUUCAAGCCAGACAAUGAGAAGAAGACCAGUAACACCUUCAAGGCAGACAAUGAGAAGUAUACCAGUAACACCUUCAAGGCAGACAAUGAGAAGAAGAACCAGUAACCCCUUCAAGGCAGACAAUGAGAAGAAGACCAGUAACCCCUUAAUUCAGUAAUCAAAAUGAAAAAAUGACAUCAAAAUUGUUGCUGAGAUGGUUAACAAGUAGACUAUAGAUGUAAGCCAGGCUGAAGUUCAAUUUCCUGAUGUUUGUAAGCAAAUUUCAUCGUAGAACUUUUUUUUUUGGUGUUUGGCUAAAGUGUGUUUUAUUGUCUGCAGGGUAACCCUGACCUUGUAGAACACCUGGUCUCAGCAGGGGCAAAUGUGAAUGCCAGGAGUGAAAGGUCACUGCAGACACCGCUCAUGUCAGCGGUCGCCACCAACAAACUGGACACCAUUCUUAAACUGAUCCAGCUCGGGGCCGACACGACACUGCCGGACAUCAGUGGACACACCCCUUUGCACCUGGCACUUUCCAAAAUAGGUAUGUCAGGAUUCAGUCAAAAGACAUGCUAGAUACAUACUUUACUAAUUUACAACUCUGCUCUCUCGAUUGUCUUUUCUGUUCAAAUUUUAAAUCAUGAAUGUUGGCAAAUAAUAAGAAUUACCGAUAAAAUUCUCAAGGGCUGCCAAGAGUUAAACAGUCAUAUCAGCAGAAAUUUGGGGGGUUCAGCCCAAGACAUACUAAUUUAUCUCUUCCAUUUUAAAAAAAAUGAAUGUGAAUAAUAAAAAGAAUUUUUCAAUUUUUACGGCACUGUCUAAGGAGGAGAGCCCUUGGACAAAAUAGUUCAGGCUCUGCUGGACGGUGGGGGUCGGUUGGAUGUACGUGACAAGGGUAACCUGACCCCCCUGCAGCGAGGGCUUGUGGUCGGUGUCAUACGAAGACAACAUUUUUUGCCAUGUAUACAGCUUAUCUGCCAGGCUGGCUCGGAGCUCGGACCUGAUCAGUUCACAAUGGGGAAGUAAGUCAAAUCACUUGUUUUGUCUUGUUCAAUAAGGAGAAUGAAAAAAAAACCUCUAAACAAUCACACGUCCAUAUUGGUGCAAAAUGGGGUCAAAUCAUUACACAUGAUCGGCACACUUCCAUAUUGGUGCAAAAUGGGGUCAAAUCAUUACACAUGAUCGGCACGCAUCUUAAGUAGUAUUUGUGAGCAAGCCCCAACUCUUACCAAAGCAACUGCCAAGGUUAUGACAUACUCAACUUGCAAUAUUCUUACUUACCCCGUAAAGUUGAUUAUAGUUUCUUCCAUGAUCAAGGUAUUUUUUGUUCAGACUGAUAUGUUUGAUAGAAUACUCACCACUGUCGUAUGUAAGACACAUCUAUUUCGCAAAUACCUUCUGGGAUGAUUGUCUACCUUAUUUUCCAUGUGUUGCUGUGUUGCUUAGUGUUGAAAUGGCCAGAAAGACUUUGAUAUUGUAUGCUUGUAAUUAGUUUUUGUAGUGUUGUGUUUGUUUUAAAUGUGGUGAAUUAUAGAUUGUUUUUUGUUGACUUUGUACCGCGCUUCGAGCCUUUGGGGAUGAAGCGUGUUUUUUUUAAAUGAACUUUAUUAUUAUUAUUAUUAAGACUCACCACUGUCAUAUGUAAGACUCACCACUGUCAUAUGUCAGACUUGGUUCAAGUCUUGGCUUGGUCAAGUCAUCUCUUUUACUGCAUAGUCUUAAAUUCAGUUUUUGGUAGAUCAUUCUUAAAAUUUGCCACACAAAGCAAAGCCCUGUAAAUGAAAUUAUACAUAAAUAUAAAUGCAUUUACACAAAUAUCAUGCAUGUGGGGAAAAUGUGUUAUUUCCAUGUUUAUUAAUUGUUCCAUUAUGACCAUUUCCAGGAAGUCCCCCUUGUUUUGGCUGGCAUAUUCAGGGUUUCUGAAAGAAGCUCUCUACCUGGUCAAGGCAGGCUGGGACCUGCGCAAUGAAAACUGGAUCAUAUUGCCGGGGAAGGAUGAACUACAAGACAGACUUCACCACUGGAUGAUUCUCACCCUGAAGACAGUGCCGUCUCUUCUGGCGUGCUCCAGGAAGGUGAGGCCAUGGGGGUCAUGUUCUCUUCUGGCGUGCUCCAGGAAGGUGAGGCCAUGGGGGUCAUGUUCUCUUCCGGGCUGCUCCAGGAAGGUGAGGCCAUGGGGGUCAUGUUCUCUUCUGGCGUGCUCCAGGAAGGUGAGGCCAUGGGGGUCAUGUUCUCUUCCGGGCUGCUCCAGGUUGGCGUGCUCCAGGAAGGUGAGGCCAUGGGGGUCAUGUUCUCUUCUGGCGUGCUCCAGGAAGGUGAGGCCAUGGGGGUCAUGUUCUCUUCUGGCGUGCUCCAGGAAGGUGAGGCCAUGGGGGUCAUGUUCUCUUCUGGCGUGCUCCAGGAAGGUGAGGCCAUGGGGGUCAUGGCAGUGCUUUCCAAAAUGUCUGCUUAUUGUCCCCUCAUAUUUCAAAGAAUAUUCUUUUGUCGGCCUCCCUCCCUCUCGUACUUAAUUAACACACACACACACAGAGACAUAAUUUGUGUGUGAGAUUUUUGUUGUGAGCUGGUAAGUAGUUGUACAAAGAGUUAACUUUCUGGAAUGCAAUGAUAUGAGGGUGUGUAUGUGUGUGAUGUGCUAUCUUUUAGGGUAGGUUGAAAUGUAAUCAUGUUACUUGAAGUAACUAGUGGUUACUUGAAGUAACUAGCGGAGAUAUGAUGUUUUCAGUUUACACUUAGUUUAUGUACGUGUCAUUUGUUUCAGGCCCUCCGCGCCCACCUGAGUGACGUACGGCACCACAGGGAAAUUCUCAGCACCAUUGACCGCCUUCCCAUCCCGGCCCCCCUCAAGUCGUAUCUCAAGCUGCUGGACAUCAGCGCUGACCAACUGGAUAUAUUCCUAGAGGACUGAAAACUGACCCGGAGUGACACUGGAUGUAUUUUUAUGUUUUCUGUUGGUUUACUUGUAUUCUGGAUUGUAUGUUGGUGUAUCAGAUCCUGUGACACACAUAUUGAUAUUAGAUCAUUCCACCCUAACCCCCUGGUCUAUUUAGACCUUGUUGGUCUAAAGAUAUUACUUUAACAGUUGUUAAAAGCCUAUAGUAAAAUGUCUGACUGGAUGCUGACAUGGACAAAAUUUGUGUGCCAAAGUUGGAAGUAGCAGGUCAUCUUGGUACAAACACAUUGGCAUACUAAUCAAUGUGCUUAAAAAAAUCAGAAAACUAUUGAGCCGAAGCACAUAAAGUCUUUCCCAGCGCACCCCCGCUACUGCCAACUGGCUUUCAACCACUCCCCCAGUUGUUUCUUUAUUACAUUCAGGCCACAAAACGGCACGCCGGGGCAUUCCACCCCUGAAACAGCCACACCCACCAAUCCACUCGAAUGACUAUGCAGUAUCAGAGAAGGAACACACCUGGCCGGCCGGGGUAACCGGGCCGGACUUUCUAGGGCUGGGGUGGAUAUAUUUUACGUUGCUAUGCCCCCCUUCCCGCCUGGGGGGGGGGGGGAGGGCAUAGGUAGCAGACGCCCUCUAAUACGGGUUACAUGUUUUUCUGCAGUGUGACUAAAUCCCACCACAGCGGGGAAAGAAAAGAGGUUGCCCAGGAGCAGUACCCUCAAAGACUGCAUAUUUAGAAUCAUCGGUGAGGUUCGCCACGUUCCCUCACAUUGGCGCACUAGAUGACUCUAAACACAUUUGUAUGCAAUUUGACUUAUCUUGAUAAUUGAAAUCAGGGAUGGAAAAAAAGAGGACGGCUUCUUUUACUUAACAAUUUAUAUUUUUAUAAACCUGUUUUAAGUGGUAGAAUAAUUGGUGGUAAAUUUAUUAUUCACCCUUAGAGGAUGUGGCGCCUAGUUGGAUUACAAUACAUUUAAAUUCUAGGAAUUAUUUCUUUUAACCUGUGGGGAGAAAAUAACAGUGUUCGUGUGUGUGUG